AUGAAUGAUCUUUUAUCAGGUUCAUUUGCGACCUCUAGGGAUGGAACUUCCAGAAACAGAGAUAUUGAAAUGGGAACAACGAGACCAAUGAAUUCAGGAGAACUAGGCCUGGACAGUUUCUUUAACAAGGUUCAUGAGAUAGAGAAGCAAUAUGAAAAACUCAAUAAGCUACUCAAAAAGCUUCAGGAUGCUCAUGAGGAAUCAAAGGCUGUUACCAAAGCUGCUGCUAUGAAAGCUAUCAAGCAGCAGAUGGAGAAGGAUGUUGAUGAAGUUGGAAAAAUUUCCCGUUCCAUAAAAUCAAAAAUCGAGGAACUUGAUAGAGAGAAUUUAGCCAAUAGACAAAAGCCUGGAUGCGGAAAAGGAUCAGGUGUAGAUAGAUCGAGAACAGCGACUACAGUGGCCUUGAGGAAGAAGUUCAAAGACAAGAUGUCUGAGUUCCAGGCUUUAAGAGAAAACAUCCAUCAGGAGUAUCGUGAAGUUGUCGAGAGGCGUGUAUUCACAGUGACUGGAAGUCGAGCUGAUGAAGAGACAAUUGAUAGAUUGAUCGAAACUGGGGAUAGUGAACAGAUUUUUCAGAAAGCAAUUAGUGAGCAAGGGAGAGGCCAGAUAAUGGACACACUUGCAGAAAUUCAAGAGCGGCAUGAUGCAGUUCAAGACUUAGAGAGGAAGCUUCUUGAAUUGCAGCAGGUAUUCUUGGACAUGGCAGUGCUGGUAGAUGAGCAAGGGGACAUGAUCAAUAACAUAGAAUCACAUGUAUCAUCUGCAGUAGACCAUGUGCAGUCUGGGAAUGUUGCUCUUCAGAAGGCAAAGAGUUUACAAAAGAACUCCAGGAAAUGGAUGUGCAUUGCUAUCCUCAUUCUUCUUAUCAUUGUUGCAAUCAUUGUUGUGGGUGUACUCAAGCCAUGGAAGAGCGACAAGGGUGCUUAG